AUGUCAGCUAUCACAACUAAAAUCGUUGAAAAAUAUAAACUUACUUCAAAUAUAGAUAUAUCUGAACUUAGUCAAUAUACCUCUGACAAUGAGCAGGUAGGUGUAUUGAUACCUAAUCAGAGGAGUGGGAAAAAUAAAACUAUAAAUAUUGUCAAAGAUAAUUGUAGAAUAGUUCUAGCAUCACCCCAAAAAAAUCUAGAAGAAGAGAUUAUCAGAGAGAAAGCAAAACAAAUCUUGCAAAAUAGAUAUGGGUUUAGUAAGGAUCAAGUAAAUACCUUAUUCACAAUCCAGACAAAUAGACAAUGUGAGAGUACUUCUG